AUGAAAUCUACCAACAGCCGCAAAGGACAGACGUCCAUUACUCAUUUGAUGAAUUUCUCUCUUCCUCCUCGACCACAGUAUCAACCACCCCCUCGCAACAUUCGGCACUAUGCAUCAUCGGGCACAGGGUCCGGCUACCAUGCAGUGGACAAAGCGCGAUAUGUCCAUGCCAAUUACCGCUUCAUUGUCUCCCCGGAUCUCAAUUAUCAUGCCCAAGCAGCCAAUGCAGAUGUACAUCUAGAUUGGGCAUCUGUUCUUCAGGUCCUGGUUUCCGCUCAGACUCAGGCGGCCAGCUGUCCCAUUUGUUUGUCUAUACCGGUCGCACCGCGAAUGGCUCGGUGCGGCCAUAUUUUCUGUCUUCCAUGCCUUAUUCGUUAUAUGCAUUCGUCCGAUGGUGAAGAGCAUGUCCCUGACAAGAAGCCUCGGUGGAAGAAAUGUCCAAUUUGCUGGGACUCGAUUUACGCCUCGGAGAGUCGCCCUGUCCGAUGGUUCCGGGGCCAAGAAGGCGAUCUCCCUGUGGAAGGCGGGGAUGUUGUUUUGAGACUAGUCAAGCGUGAAGCUGGCAGCACUCUUGCCCUUCCUCGUGAUGGUGGUGAAACUAUUGGUAAGGGAGAGGAUAUCCCUUGGUACCAUGUGGCUGAAGUGGCCGACUACUCUCGAAUCAUGAAAGGUGGCGAGGACUACAUGGCUGCUCAAUACGACACAGAAAUCGAAGAUCUCCGGAGACAGGAGGUUGAGGACGAGCUGCUGUUUGGGGAUGAGAAUACGUGGUCCCGGAAGGCCGUCCGCGCGAUCUCCGAGGCGAAGGAAAAGCUUCAGGGGAUUGGCAAUCCGCCCACCAUCACUCGGCAAAAAGCGAAUUCCAGACCUGCCAAAGAUCCCGUUGUGGUAUCUGACACCAGUGAAGAUGCGGCUCCGCCGGUUAGUGGCUCUUCCGAGGAAUCGGCGCCAAGUUCCAGCACGGACGUGACACAUCCGGCCGCGGAACCCACCCCAACACCAAUCACAUCAGAUGAAACGGAUCGUCUCCCGGAGAUCAUGGAGAACAUUCAACUCGAAUCCGAGCCCAAAUCGCAGACUCGGUCGAAGGGCCGAGGCAAAGAGGCACAAAAUACACCCCCAUCGGACCAACCAUAUUACUUCUAUCAAGCCUUGCCUCAGUUUUAUCUGUCACCACUGGAUAUCAGGAUUCUCAAAGCUGCGUUCGGCGAAUAUGCUCAAUUCCCCGCGACCAUACUACCCCGGGUAGAGCACAUCUCAACUGGUCAUAUGGUCGAUGAUGACCUGCGAAAGCGUGUUAAAUAUCUUGGGCAUCUUCCCUACGGCUGUGAGGUGAGCUUCCUUGAGUGCGACUGGAGGGAUGUGGUGGUUCCUGAAGUCCUCGCGCAAUUCCGGACAGAAACCGACAGAAGACGAAAGCGCAAUCGGGACAAAGAAGCCCGCGAGGAGAAAGACCGCAUUCGCGCAGAGAAGAAGGAAGAUGACGAACGAUGGGCCGCUGCACGUCGCAAGCGCCCAAGUAUUGGAAAUUCCAGCGAUGCGCCUUUCAAUGUUCAUGAUUUCCAACCAUUGUCCAGCAAUGCCGAUUCUGCGGUAUUUGACGCUGGUGCCUCUUCAGCGUCCCCACCACGCGCGUCAUCCCAAUUCGGAGCAUUAGCCUCACCUUCCGGCAGUCCGCCUGGGGUUCGCACCGUUUGGGGCACAACGGCUAUUGCAUCAACAUCUCCAACUUUGGAGGUCCAGCCCCGGCAUGAUGGAUGGCUAGCAGGGUGGGAAGAUGAGCUCUUUGCACAGCAAGAGUCAGCAGUCAUCGCCCAAACGGCUCCCGAGAAUCAGGAGUCGGGACCCUCUUCAUCCAAAUCUAGUAAGAAAAAGAAGAAGGGCAAGAUUACAUUAAUGUCAACCAACAGCCACCGCGGCGCAUAG